GAGGGCGUUGGCGGCAUGGCGCUGGCACCGGAGGAGGCCGCGGCGGCUCCUGCUCCCGGCGAGGUCGAGCCACCCCUGCCGCAAGUGUUCCCUGAGUCGCCACCGGAGGAGCCCUUCCUGCAGCCCAUCGUCAGCAAUACGACAUGCCCCGAGAGCAACCCCUUCUGCAUAAGGAACGCGCUGCUGGACGACGACAUCACCAGCGCGUUGAUAUUCAACACAUCUGUGGGAGCCAUCUUCAUGUUCUUUUUUGGCAUCUUUUACACAAGAGUGCCUGUGUACAAGAUGAGGACGGUCCUCCAACAGGUAGCUGUGAAGCCGCCACCACUCCCAGAGGGAAGUUGUGGAAUGUUAUGGAAAUGGCUUUUCCACACAAUCGCCAUAUCAGACAACGAUAUCCUUGAAAGCGCUGGUCUGGAUGCUUUGAUGCUGGCAAAGACGAUGGCAUUUGGUGUGCAGCUGUUUCUUCCCUUGACGCUGGUUGUGGCAGCCAUAUUGAUACCUAUCCAUGUGAAUGGGGGAUUCGCCAAGGAGGCAGCUGAGCGAGAGCUGGUCCCUGUGGGCCAGUUCUCGAGGAUGACGGCCAGCAAUGUGAAGCCCGGUUCUGACAUAUUUUGGGUGCACAUGAUACUGGUGUAUGCAAUCAUUGCCUACGCCAUUGUUGUCCUGCGGUACCACCACAGGGCAUUUGUGCGACUACGUCAGCGUUAUUUGUCUGGAGGUGUGGACGAGAAUCUCUGGCGACGUAAAUACCAAUUUGAUGUGUCGCCUGAGAUUCAGAAAGGCACGGGGAACAAGAAGAGACGGCUGGUGCAGUUGGCAACGUUUCGCAAAAGUGCGCUGCAAGAUCAGCUAAAACAUUCGGGAGGAACACUCGCCAUUGCGUCUUCCAUGGAGCCCAUCAAGACAAGGGCACUAGUGAGGGCAUUGUCAUCACGGAGGUAUGAAGAAGUGGGAUCUAUUGAUGACAGCAGCAGGGACGGCUCUGGUCUAGCUUGGCGUGACUCACCAGAGCAAUGCAAAACUCCCAAGACUGAGGAACGAACCCCUGAAACAUCAGAUGUGAUAGCUGGCCAGCAGGGUAGAUCUGGAUCAUUAGAGAGUGCCUGUAAUCCCAACAUUGGCAAGCUGCAGCACACAGAUACUGCGGUAACCGAUACCCACGUUGACAUCGAGACAGAGCACAGUGCAGGUGGCAAUGAUGAUGAUCAGGACAUCGAAGGAUGCACCAAACGUCCUUCCCAGAUCUUGAGGUGGUGGAGUAUGGGCACUGAUAGUGGUAAUCCCGAACAGAAAGACACAGAGAAAGUCUUGACUACGAGACCCUCAUGCCGAUUCCUCAAAACUGUGAAUACGCAAGCGAGCGAUGGGCGCACCGUGGCUGUUAAUGCACAGCAGUACACUGUCCUUCUCACAAACGUUCCAGAUCUCGACAGAGUGCUUGAGGGGAGGCGAGGCAUUCAAAGAAACCACACCAUUUGGAAACGCCUUUGGAGCCACCUGCUUGGAUGGGAUAUUGCAGAAAUGUCCAAGACUCGUCUGGGAACAGCGCACUCUAGGACCCUGUCGCAGAUCCGUCAUGGGACAUCGCACCCUGGGGCCAAACCUGCUGUUUGUGGUGAAAACGAGGUAGAAGCACAGGAACAGAAACGUCAACCACAGUCCUCUGAAGAGGUGAUAGAGAAGAAUGAAGUGGAGCUGGGACCUGUUUCCAGCACGGAAAUCCAGAUUCAGGAGAGCAGCUCACAAAAGCCACUUCUUAAAAAGAAGUCGAAUGGAGCAAAGGAACCACGGCAUGGGACUCUCCAGCAGGUGUCAGAAUUGGAUGUCAGGAGUGGCACCAUAGCCAGUGGCAAGGACGCAUCUCCGAUCACACCAUCUUCGGAUUCUGCAGCAGAAUGUGUGAUAUCUGGCAGUUUUCGGCGCUUGUUCCCAAAGGAUUUUGUUCGUGCCACUCCAAUACUGGUGCACAAGAAAGUGGAUGAAUUACUGUUCCAGUGGGACAAAGUGAGCAGAAAGCUGGAGCUUGCCCGGGGGACUGCUGAUCGGGAGGCAGGUGCUGCAGCUGUUGUACAGCACAGGUACUGGUGGAGUUGUCUGACGUUUGGUGUCUUUGGAGUUCGCAAAGUGGAGGAGGCUGUGCCUUACUACACAAAGGAAUUGUUGCUUCUUGAGGAAAAGAUCAAUUCCGAAAGAGAGAGAGUGCUGAAGAGCAAGCCAACCUCCUCAUGGCUUUGCUUCUUCAGGACCCAGAGCGCUGCCACAAUUGCAUCCCAGAUUUUGCUGCAUUCUGACGGCGAGAAGUUUCAGAUGCAGCCCGCCCCCGGACCAGAUGAAAUGAACUGGCAGGCUCUCUGGAAGACCAGCACAGAGAGGGACAUUCGCACCAUAAUCGUUCUGCCAUUUCUUGCAGUGCUCAUCUUCUUUCCUGUCGGCAUUUUCGCUGGGAGCCUCUCAAUGUUCAACACAUACGUAUGCGGCGACAGAGAAUCGGAGCUGUGGAAUAGUUGGUACUGUCAGCAGUCUCGUACAAAGAGCCUCGUGUCCGGGCUUCUACCAUCCGUCCUCCUUGCUUUCUGGCAUAAUUUUGUGCUGCCUUUGGGGUUCUACUACCUAGUGCAGGCCAUGGGGAGAGCGGUUUCGUUCACCGCCUUGGAUCGCCAAAUUGCGAAGCUCUACUUUUAUUGGGACAUUGCCACGUUCCUUGGUGCCGUGCUGGGUGGCUCAUUCUUCUUUCAGCUCAAUGCAGCAGUGGAAAACGCCUCAAAGAUCCCAGAACUCAUCGGAGUGGCUAUGCCAGCAUCGUCAAACUUCUUUAUCGACUACAUAGCGUUCAGGGCGCUGUUCCUUUUGCCACUUCAGCUGCUGCUGCCCACGCCCAGCUGGUGGUAUUACUUGCUGAAACUGGGAGGCCGGUGUGGAUGCGCAAGGACGGGUAGGGAGAGGGCCGAGAUCCUAGCCCCAAACAGUAUAAGGCCCGGUCGGGAGUACGGGGUCCUUAUGCUUGUGUUCCUCAUCGGACUGGCAUACUCCGUGACAGCACCCAUGAUCUUGCCGUUUGCGACCCUGUUCUUCAUGCUGGGAUGGCUGGCGUGGCGGUACCAGAUGCUGUACGUGUUCGUGCGGAAGUACGAGUCGGGUGGCACAAUGUGGCACUACGUCUUUUAUCGUCUGCUCAUUUGUCUCUGGCUGUUUCAGUUCUUCACGUCCAGCAUGCUGGCCAUGAAGAAGGCCUAUUGGCAGGCGACGAUACUGUGGAUAACGGUGCCCAUCCUGCUGAUGAAAUUCUACAAAGUGUGCAAGAAAGAGCUGAACGCAGGCGCAGAGCACAUCGCACUGGAGACGGCUCACAUGGCGCCGCCUGCCAUUGUACGGCCAGAAGUGUACACGCCCCCUGCCAUGAUUCCAGGUUCUGCAGUGUGGCACCCUGAGUAUAUGAAGGCCUGGGAGGGCUGGGGAAUGCCAGCCUAUACACUCUGA